GUGAAUUAGACAAAGUGACUCCCAGAGCAUCUUGGCUGUAUGAACUCUUGAGCUGUCAAGGGACUGAGAGGCUUAUGAAGAGGUUCUGUCAGGCAAAACAGUGCUUAGCAAAGACACCGAGGAGGAGGGAAAAGGAGAAAGGGAGGGAGAGAGAGCUGAAACACUAACAAACCAUGAGAUCAAUCCGAUCGUUUUCUAACGAUGACCGCCACGUAAUGGUGAAACACUCAACCAUUUAUCCAUCUCCAGAGGAACUUGAAGCUGUCCAGAACAUGGUAUCAACAGUAGAAUGUGCCCUUAAGCAUGUCUCUGACUGGAUGGAUGAAAAGAACAAGUCUACCAGGUGUGAGGGUGAUGUGGAAGCCAAGGAGGAAGCUGUGGAAGGCAAUGCCAAGGAUCAAGGUGGUCGGAUGUUAUAUGGUGUGAUGAGAAUUGGCUUGGUUGCAAAGGGCUUGCUGAUAAAAGACGAUAUGGAUCUGGAGCUGGUUCUUAUGUGCAAAGAAAAACCCACAAAGACCUUGUUAUGUAUCGUUAAAGACAAUCUCCAAGCUCAAAUUCAGAAACUUACAGAAGAGAAGUAUCUGGUGGAGGAGCAUGUAAAUGAGGCAGCUAUUGUUAUCCGUAACACAAAGGAGCCCAAGCUCACUUUGAAGGUGAUACUCACGUCCCCUCUCAUCCGAGAUGAAGCAGAGAAGAAGGAAGGAGUAGAUAAUGUUGCGAUGAAAGAUCCUCCGGACUUAUUGGACAGGCAGAAAUGCCUGGAGGCCUUGGCGUCUCUGCGGCACGCCAAAUGGUUUCAGGCCAGGGCAAAUGGACUAAAAUCAUGUGUAAUUGUCCUUCGUAUUCUGCGGGAUUUGUGCAACAGAGUCCCCACAUGGGCACCACUGAAAGGCUGGCCACUCGAGCUUAUAUGUGAAAAAUCUAUAGGUACUUGUAAUAGACCUUUGGGCCCUGGGGAAGCGUUGCGACGAGUCAUGGAGUGUUUGGCAUCUGGAAUUCUGCUUCCCGGAGGGCCGGGUCUGCAAGACCCCUGCGAGCGCGAGCCCACGGACGCUUUGUCUGACAUGACAGUGCAGCAAAAAGAAGCCAUUACACACAGUGCCCAGCAUGCCCUCAGACUAUCAGCCUUUGGGCAGAUCUAUAAGGUGUUGGAAAUGGAUCCCCUCCCAUCCAAUAAGUCAUUUCAGAAAUAUUCCUGGUCAGUAACUGACAAAGAAGGUACAGGCUCGUCUGCUCUGAAGAGACCCUUUGAAGACAGUGUCGGGGAUGACAAGGAUCCAAAUAAAAAGAUGAAGCGUAAUCUGAGGAAAAUACUAGAUAGUAAAGCAAUAGAUCUCAUGAAUGCUCUGAUGAGGCUGAACCAAAUCAGGCCAGGGCUUCAGUAUAAGCUGCUGUCACAGUCUGGUCCAGUCCAUGCCCCAGUCUUCACAAUGUCUGUAGAUGUUGAUGGUACGACUUAUGAAGCAUCAGGACCUUCUAAGAAAACAGCCAAGCUCCAUGUGGCAGUGAAGGUUUUACAAGCCAUGGGGUAUCCCACUGGUUUUGAUGCAGAUGCGGAGUGUGUGAGUUCUGAUGAAAAAUCAGAUACUGAAGGUAAAAAUGAAACUACGUCUUCAAUCUCAAGCAAUAAUACUGGAAAUUCCACAGCGGACAACUCUGCUACCCUAGAGGUAAGAACUCAGGGUCCCAUACUCACAGCAAGUGGCAAAAACCCGGUGAUGGAGCUCAAUGAAAAGAGAAGAGGUCUCAAGUACGAGCUCAUCUCUGAGACUGGGGGGAGCCACGACAAGCGCUUUGUGAUGGAGGUAGAAGUAGAUGGGCAGAAGUUCAGAGGUGCAGGCCCAAACAAGAAGGUAGCAAAAGCAAGUGCUGCAUUAGCAGCACUUGAAAAACUGUUUUCUGGGCCUAAUGCAGCGAACAAGAAGAAGAAGAAGAUUCUUCCUCAGACUAAAGGGGUUGUCAAUACAGCUGUUUCUGCAGCAGCCCAGGCUGUUCGAGGCAGAGGACGAGGUGCUUUAACACGAGGGGCAUUUGUCGGGGCAGCUGCUGCUACUGGAUACAUAACACCAGGCUAUGGAGCACCGUAUGGGUACAGCACAGCGGCGCCAGCCUACGCCAUAUGCACUUGUAUAAAAUAAGCAGAAAUGUAGUGACUGUAAGCUGAGAUCCUGAUAUAAAAGCAUAGAAAGCUGUAUUGAUACUGCUCUGUCAGGCCCUGCAUUCCCUGCAUCCCUGUGGAUACCUCUGGGUAGGUACCAAAGCCAGGCUCUGAAGGCCACCCCUUGGUUCUGGGGAUGUGGGAAGGGUGACACUAACGAACUGCUAACGAGAGAAAUUAUUUCCCUAAACUAUUCAAGCUAAACUCCAAAUUAAGAAGGAAAGACUUUGAUGAUAUUACAGUUAAAAUCUGCAGAGAUCAAAUUACAUUAGGCCAAAUUAAUUCAGGAAGCAGCCAAGUUUGCUUCCCUCCUGCGGGUGCAGAGGAGGGGAGGAGGGCAGGCAGGCAGGGAUUUAUCUCUGCGUGAAUCAUUUGCUUAGCUGUGGUUUUCUACAGCUGGAAAUCAGGAUACAGCCAUCCAUAAAUAAUUGUUUUCAGUUCUGUAGUAAAUGUUUUAACACAUUUUACUUGGAUUAAAAUGGGUUUGGAUUAUGACCCAUUGGUGCACAUGAUAUGUGUAGUUUUAAAAUACUAAUUUUUUUAUUUGCCUUUUAAACCUUGCUUUAUGCAAAGUUGCAUAGUACAGAACUGCAGAAGUGCAGUACUUGCAGAACUUGAAGUUGCUGGAAACAACUCUUUUUAUAUAAAAAUGCUUAAAAAAUAAAAAAGCAAAAGGGAGCAAGUUGAUGACAAUGUAGCAGCAUUUUAGGGUCUCGAUUCAGUGAUUAAAACAUAAAAAAACCUGUGACUGAUCACAGUUUAUAACGGUAUCAACCAGUCUUGGUACAGACUAUCUGCAUCAAAAUUCAAGAGCAAAUAUAAACUGUGUUUGAUUUUAAUCCUGAGCCAUCAGAUUCACUAAAUGACUGUGUGUGUAGGUUAUCCAUAGCUCAGGACAUGUGCACAGAAUUACAGGCUGAUAAAGAGCUGCUGCUCCUGUGGGCAGGAACCUGAGCUCGCAGGUGGCACCUGGGGAACUGAACUUGAGGAGCUGUUGCAGGGGCUGGCCCUGGCAGCACAGACCCCUUCACUGACACUUGGAGGACAGCUGAUGAGCCAUCAGAACGUCCUUCCUGCUCAGGGGUGCAGGUUUCCAUCUGUUAUCUUCCAGGUACAAACUCGGGGCUGGGUCUGACACUCCCUUAAAACUGGGCUCAUUUUUCAUCCCGCCCGGCCCGGCGGUGCUGAUCCCAGAGCAGCAGCUGAUCCCAGCGCAGCAGCUGCUGUGCCUCCUUCAGACAGGAGUUUAGAUGCAUUAAGGUGCAUUAUAAUGAACUUCUCCUGAGUAUUCCUUUCCUAACUGCUGUCAGCCUGACAAGCACUGUCCAGUUCAAGGACUGAUAAUAAACAUCUUGCCGACUCAUUUGAUCUGCUUCUUCGUGGACUGUGCUUGGCAGGUUAAUCCAUCUGUGUUUCUUUCCAUCAGAAUUGCUGUGACUAUGAAUUUCCCUGUUUUUCUGCCAUCAUCCUUUUCACUCUUGCAAUCCUAAGUAUUCCACUCUCCUGCUGGUUUUUUUUUAAUUCUUUGUUGGAUCUUUUUUCUCUAAAUUCCUCUAAAACACUGUUGUUUGUAAUGCAGUACUUGUGUCUGAAAUGUCCCCUUGCCUUUGCUGCCUCCCUUCCCAGGUGGAGAGAACCUUUUCCUGACAUGUGAAACAGGGUACUUAAGACUCCUGAAUCCUGGGUUCUGCAGCCACUUGGAAUCAGAGAUCAGACCCAAGAGUGCAGGAUUGCCUGGGAACCCCUCUCAUUGAUGUGGAACUUGAGCAAAAUAGCCCCAUGUAUUGAAGGGUCACAGAGUAGGCUUGUAAGUGCCUCCUGAUCUCUGGCAUUUGAGAGAGCAGCCAAAUUCUGUCAGUAGGUUUUAACCUAACUGAAGUAUCAGGCUAUUAUCUGAUGAGUAAUUUGGGUAACAUCUGCUUCAUCAGUGUUGCAACAAGCACUGUUUUGCCAAGGCAGACCUAGAAACUCUUUUUUGCAAAAUGCUUGUGGGUUUCCUCUGAAAAGCCUCCUCAGAGCAGCGUGGUGUGAAGUGCCUCUGCUGUGAGGUUGGAGGUCUGCAUUAGGGCUCCUGAGCUUUGUACUUCGGUGUGUGCCCAGCAGCCAAACACGUACCCCUGGUUCCAUGUGCUCUGUGCAGCUGCCAGGAUCGCUGCCCAUUCCACAGCACCUUCCCAGGGAAGCACAAAUGUUAUUUCACAGUUUGAAUUUCUGCUUCAUGGAAAAGAAUUCUGAAGAAGUUCCUUUCAAUUAGUACAUCUAUAAAUAGGAGAGCAGGGAAAGUCUGUGCCUGUACACUACCCACCUCAACGCUAGUUUUAGCUAACCAGAUGAUCGUGUGUAUUUUGGGAGAUGGUGUCUGGCACUUAAAGGAUUAAAAGAAGCUGGAGAUUUACAAUAAGGAACUGACCUGUUUGAUGUGUUAUCUGUACUGGAGGUGAAUGGCACUGCUGUUGUCUUUGGAGUAACAUCUGUGAGCUUUGGGGGUCUGCUUCAGUCCUACUUUGCCAGCCACAGGAGAUUCCUCCAGCCACGUUCUACCUAGAGGAGGUUUUAGAGUAACCAGACUGGUUUGGAGGGCUUGGCUGGCUCAAAGCAUGGGCUGUGAUGCUUCCUGCCAUAGUGUCCUCCCUCUGCCAGUGCUUGCUGUCUUCCCUAAGCACACAUUCAGGACUUGGAACAUGGUGACCUUAUUCCUGGGCGUGGUGCCAGGUGGAUGGAGGGAGGCCAGCCCAUGCUCAUGAAGGGAAUGUGGAACACGCGGCCUCGGUUGCCCAAGCAAUUUCUGUUGGACACAGUGCCCAAUCCAACCCUCACAAAGGCAAUUUAGUGCCUGGGUAGGUGGUUCCUAAUCUGUCUAAUUUGCUGUCAUGUAGCCAGUGUGAGCUAAUUAGAUGAUUCAGCAAUUGUCAUGGCUCCCAUUUAAUGUGCUGUAAAUGCUGCUGCCACAACUUUCUCUGCUGUUAAAUACCUUUGCUUCUGUACUCUGUCCUCCUGCCCUGCCCUUUCUGAUCACCUUCUAGUAUCCCAGUAAAUAGCUGAUUCUCUCCAGUGACGCAGCUGUUACACAGGAGUGUCUAGAUUCUUAAAAACUUUUAACCAGACUAUGAAGCACUUCAAAGAAACUAGUUUUGCUACAAAUAUUUCAACUUAUUCAUGUGCCAGGGGACUAUUUCUACUCAUUUACAAAGAUCUGAAAACUAGUCCAGGAUCUCUGAUCUCUGGAGACAAGGAUUCUUUCUUUGAGAACACUUGCCUUCUAGUAGGAAAAAAAGAUUUAAAGUGUGUCAUACUCAAUAGAAGACUGUGCCCUAAAGGCCCUGAAAGAACUUAAUUGGGAAAAAGUGCACAGAUCUAAAAUUGAGGCUUUUUGCUUUCAUUGAGCUACUGAGAAUAAUUUCCCUGACAACAAGUUCCUCAGAUUAUUAGGAAGUAGAAAAUGCAGGAGGAGGUGCAUGGAGAUUUUUCAGCUAGUCUAGGAAAAAAAAAUCUCCUAUUUGUUGGCUGUUCAGCUACGGAACAUCAAACUCUUGUCAUUUCUUAAUCUCCACAGUAGCAAUAAAUGUGAGCAGCUUUAACGUGCCAUCCCUGAUCCAGUCCCAGCAACGCCCCAGGAGAGUGAGCCUGGCAGUCCCUGUCUUUUCAGUCACCAAUUCCCUGAAAUGAAGUGUCCCUUGCUUCAUUUGUAAUUCUGCAUCUGCACUUCUGAGAGCCAGUCUAGAGGUGGGAUUCCUGAACACCUCUCCAGGUCUGUACAGAUGAAGAGCAGGCAGACAAGACAGUACUUCAGUCUUUACUCAGACAAAAUGGCAGGUUUCCCUCUCCUCUUGUGCCAAGAUAUGCUCACUGGGUAUUAGAACUUCUCGCCUUUAGCUAAAGUCUCAGUAGACAGCUGCCUGUUACUUAAUCAAGGGAAAACUAUGUCCCAGCUUCCCUGAGUUCCAAGUCACAGAAGCAGCUUACAAAAACAGCUCCUAUUUCCGGUGGCUCUGGGAAACAGCACAAGACUCUGCGGCUGCAGAUUCCUCUGGAUACAUGAUGGGAUGUGUAAACAUGAAGUUCAGACUGUUGUUCUCAGUCGUGAAGCUGCCUAAGACCUCCCCUCUCUGGCAUCAAAAGAAUGAAAAUGAGCUCUGUGCUGGGCUCACUGAGGAGCUCUGUUAGGAAGGACUCUCUGUCUCAAAAAACAGUAACUCGGCUCCAGUGUUCAGCACACAGACCCUCUCGGGCUUCCUGCUGAAUAAUCUAGUGAAAAAUGAGACACUUUAUUGACUUGUUUAAAGCAAAGCAAAGGGACAGUGUAGUUGAAUCUGCUGUCUAUACAACAGGAGACAGCUUGUCUAAGGGCUCGUCGGGUUCAUUCCACUCUCAGAGGAAAUUCUGCUCGAGUCAUUGUAGAGCAAUUCACGGGAGAAACUGGGCACAGAAGUCCUGGGCCUCUGGACCAUGGCAGCAGGUUCCCCUGCCCUUUCUUUGCAACAUAAACCACAUAAGCCAGUAGUGAAGUAUUUGGCAUUAAAAGAAUUGUUACCAUGAAGCCGUUUCAUUACUUAACUCCAGAGUUAUGUCUCCUUAGCUUUAUUUGUGUCAUCUAAAUCCACACUUAUUUAUGUCCAGGUAUCCUCCAGCUCCUGACACAUCUUCCUUCUUCCCAUCCUGCUCACAAUAAUGGGACUGAUUCACUUGUUGGUUUGUAACUGUGUGAGAUAACAUAAAAGCACAAGUAGGACACAUCUGCCUGUUCCUCUCUCCAGGAUCUCUUAGGAGGAAGGGUGCUCUUUCUGCCAGGCCUGUCUGAUGCUGUGCAGGCAAGGCAGUGCUCCACUGUGAGUGGUAGGAGUUAGGUAAGAGAAAAGGUCAUCACACAGUAAGAUUUAAAUAAAGUGGGGGUUUUCUCCAAUUCCUGUGACUGCAUGAAACAUUCAGACCACGUGUUUUACCUUGAUUUUUAAGAGGAGCUGAAUGUCCAAAAGUGGUGUGUGGGGAUGUGCAGUUCUAAAGCAGAUCUCUGAAUUUAGACGUUGUUUUAUCUUGUAUUUGGUGCCUUAACUCUGUACAAUUUAAGGUCAUAUAUACUAUACCACAGGUAGUUUAGUAGUAAUACUUGAAAAGAACCCAUCAAGCCUAGUCUAUAGAAACUCUUGCACAGACUGAAGCCUUCUCAGGGGGAGAGUACUCUUCCAUGUUUAAUUAAUAAUCUACCGAUAAAUUAGAGUUGUAAGAAUGUAAGAGCAUAUAAAAAUUUUAAGAACAGAGACUGAAUUUAUCUGAUUUCUAACUUCAAAGAUUUGAGGCAAUAAGAUAAUUAAAGCUACAUUCUCUUCUAUGCUGUGUAAGUAAACAACAUCAAAAUGUUUUCUCACCAGCCUGAAGUGCAUGUUUGUGAAAACCUCUGGACUGUUAUCUCUACUAGAACAAAUCACACUUAAUUGUAAAAGGCAUUAAUUGAAUGUAACUGGCCAUCCUUCACUCAUUAGUACCGGGGAGCUGGAAUGAGUAAGAGUUGCAAUUCACUUUUAACUGAUUAAACUUAAGCCUCAUUCCUGCCCCUUACCUGGAUCUAGAAGCUCCAGCUGCCUUCUGCUGCUCUGCAGUUCAGGAGGUGUAGUGCAGCUCCUGCUCGAACACCAUUUCUGAACACAUCUGGUCCUGGCAGGACGGACUGUGGAGAGAGAGAAACACGGAAGUAGAACGUCCUUCUCCAGUCUCAGGUAGAGCAUCACAGAUAGGAAGUUGGAGGGAAAGUUGCACUGCCUUUUCCAAGUCCAUUAAGAGUCUGUGGUUUAUGUCUGCUGUGGAAAACCAGCAGCUUUAGUGUUCUAAAGGCAGGGGCAGAUGGCAUUGCUUUUUCAAUAGUUAGUAAGAAAUAAGAGGUUUAAGCUAUCCAUACAGCUAAAAGCUGAUAGUGAUGUUGCUACAGGAGAUUAAUUUUUUUUUCUGUUCAGAAAUGAGUCCAGGAUUGCAGGUUUUCCAGAGGAGGAACACAAGAAAUCCAAUCAUCAAAUUCUUUUUCCUGAUGCAACCCCACCCAAAAUAAGGAGGCAGCUGCAGGCAGUGUAUAGAGCAUGCAACUGAAUUUUGGGAGGGAAAGGAAUAAUAGUAAUUUCCCCCUAGAGGAAUACUAGUUAGUUAUUUCUAGAGUGCCCAGAGUAUUCUAGACAAGCUGCCUUUACAAAAAGGAGCAAGGCAACAAGGGAGAGCAGACACUGCUCCCACAACUACCUGCUGUAAUGUACCAGGUCACCAAUAUUGGUGUAACUAGCUAUGACAAAGUAGGUUCAUCUUACCAGCAAAACGUAUUUUGACAUUCUAUCCACUUCUAUUUUUUAAGCUAAAGGGGAGUUAAUCAUAGCACUCAUCUGUUUCGAAGGGAGUAGAGCAGAAGGUAAGUUUUAACUUCAUACUUCGAAGCUGCUAUGAAUAGAUUAACAGUGUUCCAUGGAAACAACCUGAUAUACUUCUUUAUUUUCUUUGUGCUCCAUUUCUGUGUUCUUGGAAAAGCACAAGCUUGUGUAAGCAUAAUCAAUACAAAGUUACUCAGGGUACUGCAUCAUCCCAGCAGUGGACACUAACCACAUCUUAAGUCAACAGGCACAUAUAAAUCAAGCUUAAUUAAGAGGAACAGGACAUCUUGGCGAGUUUUGUUUUACUGCUGGCACUGCUACAAUUUACUGAUCUAUGCAUACCAAAAUGUGUGUAUUGCUGCACUCCCAGCAGAACUGAGGGAGUUCUGUAAGGGCGUCCUGUAAACUCACAGAGUCAGUGUAGGAGAGGCAGUAUUUAUUCUUCUUUCAUUAUUUCCACAAAGAACUGUUUCUGAGCAGAUGGAAAGUGAUGCUGCUCAAAGAAGAGAAUGCUGGAGAACAGCAUUCAGAGCAGUACAGCUUUUGAAGAGUUAGUGAUCAUAUGAAUUUAAUUAUGAAAAUUCUGAUUUGCUGUACAGAUUAUUUCCUGUGUUUUCAAAUUCAUAUCACUGCUUCCCUGCUCAAAAAUAACAGGAUAAAGACAAGUGUAGUUUUCUAAUAACAUCUAUCACAUGGAAAUCCACAUCCACUGGAGGAAAAAGGAGGCUGUACUGCAGAGAGCAUGUUCAACUACAGAGCCAUUCUCUGGGCAAUGCUGCAUAAUUUAGGAGUGGGUAAACACGCCUUCAGGGACAACACGACACAGAGCAGAUGGUUAAAACAAAAAAAAAAUCACAGAAAAAAGCCUCAAAGCUUUGUCCAGUCAUACAUUCAGUGUUCCCUGCCAAAGGGACAGGUACAUUCACAGGCGCUUAGUGAGUUAUGUGUCAGGCACCACAAAGGUCCUUAAGGACAAACAUUUUGGAGCCAGUCUCCUUUUGGACAGAAAAGGGAGGAAGUUGACUCUGUCUUCCAGUUCCAAGGUGCAGUGUCUUAUUUCUAAUCCUAACCCUAAGUCAAUAUUUAUUGAUCCAACUGACUAAGCUUUUUAGGCCGACCAGCUCUCUGCGAAGCAAUCCUGUUCUCUUGAGCCUCUGCAGGGGCCAGUAACUGGUGCUUAACUACUGCUCCCACUGCGGAAUGUCACCGUCCUCCCGCUGCCCCAGAGCCAGGCUGGGACACUUGCACUUCUCAGAGAGCAACACUGCUGGGGUGGGGGCUCUCAAAAGCACUGAAGUACUACAGCAGAGCAAGUCCCAGUGGGCUGUGUGCUUUCUGAAGUCCUGUCUAGCUCUCAGUGACAAAGCUGAGCAUGAAACCUGCGCUGCCAAACGCACCAGCCCCUUGCUGAGGAGGACAUGGAUGGGAAGCAGGCUUGGAAGUGGAGAUUUUGAGGAAAGGCUGUCCUUUUCCAAAUCCAAUCAUAGGCUUUUUUUUUUUUUUAAUGGUUGAGCUUUCACCCACCAAAAGUCACCAUCAAUCAAAUCAAUUAAAAUUGCUGCUAAUUUGGGUUAAAAUAUCAUCACCUUUGUAUAACCCAAACCACCACCAUCCAUCCAUCUAAAUAAUUCCUAAGCAAAGACUCCUCAGGAGGCAGAGCCCUUCUGACAGGAGAUCUGGCAGUGCAGUAUGAUGUGACUUCUCUGAUGACAAUUCCUUCUCCCAGACAAUGAAAAGACAGAGGCAGUGCUUUGGGGCAGUGUUUCAUGCUCAGCAAGUUUGUAGAGAGAGGGAAUGCAAUUCUAUAAAUCACUUGUACUGUAUUUCUGUUUCUAGACUUGAAUGAAUUUCACUUUUCCUUUGUGGGUCAGCAUAGUAAACGUUACAGAAAAGCUCUAUUUUUCUAAAUCUCUUUCACCAAUAAAGGUCUGACCUGCAGCCAACAGAUGGAUUUAUUUAUCCAUAGAGGAUGGAGUGUUUAUUUUUACACUAAGAUUGGAUAUGGAUUGAAUACAAAGAAGUAUGACCUUUAAACUAUCUAAACCUUAAGUACUAUGAAUGAAUUCCACAAAUGAGUAAUAUGGUAGACAAUUCAAUCUUUCUUCCCAAUAAAUCUCUAUCAAAAGAAGUUACCCAGAAUUAAACUUCCAAAUGAAGUACAAGAGAUCCUUGUGGUCUAAUUACAGACCACUUUGAAAAUCCUUCAGUUUUCUCCCAAUUUGUAAUCAGUAAAGAACAAUGAUGACUGAACUAUUCCUGACUAUACUCUAAAUAAAGAAAUUUCAAAUAAAGUAAUUUGGCAACAACCGUAGCUAUUUAUAGCAUUAAAAAUGUGAUCUGAACAUCCAAAUCUUCUUAAUUCGGAAGCAGUUGAGUGGGAAGAAAAAUAACUGCACACUGAAUUUUAAAUUGAGCUGUCUCUACUCACUAGCCAAAAAAGCCUGCAAAUGUCAAGGGAAUGCUCUCUGUACAUUCAGCUGCUUCCUCCCGUGCUGCUGUACCGUCCACUCGGCUUCAUUUGGCUUCUGUGCCGUGGUUUGUACGCCACCACUGUUCCUGACUGUACACAACAGAUCUGCACUGUAACCUCGGGUCAUGUGCCACUGAUUGUAACCCAGUGCUCCAGACUUCUCUGUACAGAAACCCAGAACCAUGUCCCAUUGCUUCCAAUAGCUCCAAUAAAGGCUUAUCUCUGCAAACAGGAA